GCGGGGUUUUCACUGUUUUCUUCCGGGACGUCGCUGUCAACAAAAAAUGGCUUCUCUUGACAGGGUAAAAGUAUUAGUUUUAGGAGAUUCGGGAGUGGGCAAGUCGUCCUUGGUCCACCUGCUAUGUCAGAAUCAAGUGUUAGGAAAUCCAUCCUGGACUGUUGGGUGCUCUGUGGAUGUCCGGGUGCAAGACUAUAAGGAGGGGACACCGGAGGAGAAAACCUACUACAUUGAACUCUGGGAUGUCGGAGGAUCUGUUGGCUGUGCGAGCAGUAUCAAAAGCACCAGAGCUGUCUUCUACAAUUCAGUCAAUGGAAUUAUGUUGGUACACGAUUUAACAAAUAAGAAAUCCUCUCAGAAUCUGUACCGCUGGUCACUGGAAGCUUUAAACAAAGAUUCCUCUCCAACAGGAGUGAUCGUCUCAAAUGGCAGUGACUAUGACAGAGAGCAGUUUGCUGAGAACCCAGUGCCUCUGCUGCUGAUUGGCACCAAGUUUGACCAAAUCCCAGAAAACAAACGCAACGAGGUUCUCACUCGGACGGCCUUCCUGUCUGAAGACUUCAAUGCAGAGGAGAUCAAUCUCGACUGCACCAACCCAAGAUACCUCGCUGCAGGCACAUCAAAUGCUGUGAAGCUCAGCAGGUUCUUUGACAAGGUAAUAGAGAAGAGAUAUUUCACAAGAGAUCCAAGUCAGAUGACGGGUUUCACAGACAGAAAACGGUUCAACUUCAAAAGUUUGCACUAUGACUGAAAAACCGUGACAACCAGCAGUUUUCUGUGGUUUGACUUUCACACCACAAGUAACCAUCACACUCAUUGACAUGCUUUCUGUAUCGCCCCGCCUUCUGAACACUGUUUCAACUGCUCUUGUGUAAAGUCAUAAACGGAUGCUGCAACAACAACACAAAUUACGAUAGAACAGAAUAAUUACUAUUAUAGUCAAGAUUAAUAUGUACAUAGUUGACAAACAUGUAAAAUUGCAUAAAUGUACUGUGAGAUUUUGAGUUAAAUCCAAAAAAAUUGUAUUUCUCAUUUUAUUUGUUUUCACAUGCAAAACCUUUACAUAAAUUGGUUUUAUGCAUUUCAGU